AUGGAGUCGCUCGGCUUGAGCUCCUCGGCCGCCGAAGCGCAGGAAAUUAUCAGCGAGAUAGACCAGAACAAGGAUGGCCAGAUCGACUUUCACGAGUUCCUUCGGGUUAUGUCGCAUCCCGAGACACACGAUGCCCUGGACCCCAGCGACAGGAAGAAGGACUCUAAAAAGGACGAGCGUGAGCUGCUGGCCGCCUUCAAGGUCUUUGAUUCGGACGGCAGCGGGUCCAUCUCCCCCGAGGAGCUGCGGCAUGCCUUGAGGCCCCUGGGUUAUACCCCGGCUGAGAUUGACGAAAUGAUUGCCCACGCCGACCUGGAUGGGAACGGUUCCAUCGACUACCAAGAGUUUGUCGAGCUCAUGUCGCAGAAGCAUUAA